UUCCCGAAAGACGACUAUGCGAAGAAGUGUCCUCAAAACACAGUUUUAUGCCAAAUGAGGUGCAUCAAUUGGAUGUCGAGUUCAAUGAUUUUCAGCAUUACUUGGAACCUGCUAUUACUGGAGCUUACUGUGGAAUUCCAGAUAACUAUCAAACUGAGGUACCACAAGCCCACACAGAAAUGAACACAAGCUUCUCAUCUACAGAACAGAGACUAUCACCGGUGAAAUAUGAAGAACCAGUUGUGGAAGCAAAGACUCUAAGUAACUUAUCACCAGGUCCCACAUCUGCAGCUGCUGCUAUUGAAGAGCUAAUAGGACAGAUGGAACCUCCUGUAGUUCAGCUGAUUGAACCUGUACAAGUAUUUCCGGAAUCUGUGGCGCAGACUGAGGCUAAAAGUCCUGUUCCUGUUCCUGUUCCAGUGAGUGGCACUGAAGAACCAAAGUCUCACUAUGAGCUGUCAGAAGUCAAACCCAGUGGAAGCUCUGAAGAACCCAUAGAAUAUGCUAGCCUGCAGUUGUCUGGGAAGAGCAAGCUGAUUUAUCCAUCUAGGCUUACAGGAAGCCGACCUCGUAAACAAGGUUCCCGUGUGCACGAUUUCACUUCAGAAAAAUGUGGUUUUGUUACUAAAUGCCCUAUUCAAGCUGUUGAUACAGCCCUCAUUGAGACAGCAACCACUGGAACUCCCAUUUCAAAAAAGUUGCCCUUUUCCCCACCUGCAAAUCUUAGUCUAGUUAGCUCUCCUGUUCCAGUAUCUGAACUGGAGUUUACUGCUGAGAGGGAAGGAAAUCAUAAAGCAACUGCUGUUUUCUCUGAGAUAUCCCCAUUAAAAGCUGUACAUGACAGUAAAGAAACAGAGGGGCAUGCUUUGCUGUCUGCUGACUCUGCUGAAAAUGGGGUGAAGAUUGCACAGCCCUUAGAAUCAGAAGUUGUUAAAGUGGUUUUUGAAAAAAAGAAAAAGAGGAGGCCACGUAUGCAGAUGAUGGACUUUCCAAAUAAAGAAGUAGAUCCACAAGUCCAAAAAACAAAUCCAUUUCUUAAUGAGUUCCAGUCAGAAGGAGUUUGUAUGGGAAGUUUUGCAGGGAAUCCUGCUGCUGUUUGUACAUCAGGAAAAUCUGAACAAAUGCCAAGCAUAGAAGGACAAAUCUCUUGGCAGUUGCAUCCAGAAAUUGAAACUAAAAUUUCAAGCACUCAGCAUGAUAAAAUAUCAGCUGACCAGUACAGAAAUAUUGAAGGAAAGGUUUCUGGUAAGAACAAGAAAUCAAAAAAGAAACACAUGAAAGCACAAAGCUCAAAGACCGCAUAUCCUACUGUGGAAGAUGCAAGUACUGCCCAGUGUCCACAUCAUUUGAAAGCUGAGAUAGCAGAUGAAGUUAGAUUGAAUAAGAAUAGUCAAACCCAAGAAGGAGGGUAUGCAUCUGAAGCUGGCUUUAAGUAUGGAAGGGUUAAGCACUCACUCAGAGAAAAUAAACAUAACACAGGCUUUUUAGAGAAUGUCCCAAAUGAGUCGCAAAUUCAUACAGACAGUGUUGGUUUUGCGGAGAUUCGUUGUGCCUUUGAAGAGGUAAAGAUACAGAAAAAAGAAAAUGUAGAGGGACCUAAACUGGGUAAAUCAUCAGUAAAGCUUAAAGAAGAAGAGGAGGUCCAAUUAAAAACAGAAAUUUUGACAAGUAAGCCUGCAGACAGGCAAGAGGGUAGGUUGUCACCCAAGAAGUUGGUGCCUGUGGAGGAACAGCCUGUGGACAUACCGACAAAGAAUAAGUUGUCCCCUCAGAAAUUUGUGUCAGUAGAACAACAGCAUAAAGAUUCAAAAUCUAAGAAAGCUGAGAUAAAUGAUAAAGAAAGAGAAGGACAUAGUCUUUUAGUGGAAUUCAAAAUUGAUAAAAGGCAGUGUGAUGGCCAAACUCAAAAAGAUGUGCAGCAAAGUAAAACAGAGGAACAAAUAGAGGUGUUACUCUCUACCAGCAAGCAAGUGGAUGUGCAGACCUACACAGAUAAGAAAGUAUCGUCUACAGAUCUGAUUGAGGAGUUGCUACUUUCUGAUAUAGAAAAAAGUGCUGUCAGACCAAAGAAAGAUGAAUGUGGUGAACAGAGUAGCAUCUUGGAGCUUGUUGACAGAGUAAUAGAUACAAUGAGCACCGAGGACAGAGUACCGGGAGAAAAGUGUGCAAGUACGUGUCCUGAAAUGGAAGUGAAAUUACAAGAAGCCAAAGGUAAAGAUGAAUUUUGUAAAUGGACUGCAGAACAGAAAGAUGCUGAUGCAUGUAAAACUGUAGCCGAAUAUACUCCUCAAGAUUUUCAGGUAAUGUGUGAUAAAGGACAUUCAGACUUCAGAACACUGAAAAUGGAAGACCAAGACAGGAAAAGGCAGUCAGAGGAGCUGACCACUAAAGAGACUGAUGCUGUAAUACAGAAGGAUGAGGCUCAUCAGUCAGCAAAAGAUAUCGAGAGUUCAUCUUAUAAAUUAGUUGUAACUGAAGAAGUGAAUGCGUGCACAUUCAAUGAAUAUAGCUUAAAAGAAAGCAAGAUAGUUGCUAAUGAACAAAAAACAAAAACCCAGAAAAAUAAGUCUAAAUAUGACAAGAAACAGAAACACUCAGCUGGUACACCACAGAGGGGUGUAAAAACUGAGAAAAAUGGCAGUUUGGGUAAAAUGGUCACAAGACCUUCUGAUCUACAUUGGGGUGAAGAGCUUAGAGAUUACAAGGCUGAAAAGAAAACAAAGGUCGAGGAGACUAUAUUUGCAGAGAUGGGUGUCCAGUCCCAGAAACAGGAGGCCGAUGGUAGAGAGAGAGACACAAGCAGGCUGGAUGAUACUGAGCUCUUAAACAUACUGAAGAAAGAUACCCAGUUUAAGAAAUUGGUGGAAGGUGAUAGAGAAAAUAACACAAGUAGGCUGGAUAAUGGCACUGUAAUCCUAGAAAUAAAGAAAAAGGAUACCAGUUCCAAGAAACAGGAGACAGAUGAAGAAAAAGAUGCAAGUAGGCUGGCUGAUAAUACACUGUUCCUAAAGGCACAGAAAGAGGAUAUGCACUUCCAGAACAAAGAAGCCGAUGGAGAGAAAGGUGCAAGUAGUUUGGAUGAUGACAGUGUGCUUAUAAAAGCACAGAAAGAGGACACCCACUCACCAAAAGAGGAGGUAGAUGAUGAUAAAGGCAUGAGUAGGCUGGAUGGUGAUACUGCACUAUUAAAAGUGCAGAAAGAAGAUAUUGGCUGUGAAAAUGUAGAAAGGCCACCUGAUGUACAGUUUGACUUCAGAUCACAGAAUAAAAAUGUUAGUGGAGAGAAGACACCAGAGCUGGCUGAUGAAAAUUUACAUGAAGCACUCCAGAGUAAGGAAGGUAGAGAAGAAGCAAAAGCAGGAAGUUUGGAUGAAGCAUGUCUGACUUUUGAGGCACAAACAGUGGUAGCUAGUGAUACAGAUAGUCAAGCUGAGACAUUGGGUUCUGCGCAUGUGAUGGAAGUACAGGGUAAAGCAGAUGAGGGAGAGAUUCUAAUGUCAGAUGGAAAGCAAAACAAUGUAGACAUAUUGGAAGAGAAAUUUGGUGAUGAAGGUGAUAAAACUGACAAGUUGACAGGCUUAGGCACUGGAAAAUUUUAUGGUAAAGACAAUAAAGCUGAGAAACUGGAUGAGCACUUAGAUAAAACACAGGCAGCUGAUGAAAAGGCUCGGAGGCCAGUUUCUAAUGAAAAGGAUGUGAAAGUGAAGCAGGAUAAGAUUGGAGAGAGAGCUAAAGAUUUCAAAAGUGCAGCAGUAAAAGAGAAGACUUUGAAACCAGUUGAACUUAAAGGUUACAUGAGACCUACAAAAAGCAGAGGAUUUUAUUCUUCUCAACAGACAGACAGUAAUCUGAAUAAGCACGAAAAGAUCAAGCAGUUUGAAGACAAGAGGAAAGCCCAUCAAAAACAAGCAAAACCAGAGGAGAAGCCAGCUGAGGUUUCUGCAGAACAGGACAUUACUUCACCCCCCACCAAAGACCUGCCACCAAGUCCUGAGAAAAAGGCAAAGCCUUCCACAGCCACUUCAUCAGCAAAGCCCAGUGUGGCCAAAACAAGGCCGCCAUCUACAUCCACCCCCAGACGUCCCACGUCCUCUGCUUCCACCUUAAAUAAAAAAACUGACAGUCCUACACCAGCUACAUCAUCAACUUCUACGGCUAAACGCCCAGCCUCUACUGUAGCAAGACCGUCAACUUUAACACCUAAAGAAACCAAACCUAAGCCCACAGAUAUAAAAAGUCCAGUGAAGAGCCCAGAAAAACGAACUGCAACUACUCGCCCAGCAGCUACACCCAGAACACAGAGUGCUACUUCUCCUACCAAAGCAAGUCCAUCUGCAUCAGCAGCUCCAAAAACAGCAGUCACUCCUGGGUCAGCUCAAAGGACAGCAGCAUCUACUACUCCUAGGCGACCAACGUCUAUCAAGACUGAUGCAAAGUCUGCAGACAAGAAAUCAACUCCUGCCAAGUCUCCAUCAGCAGAUUCCUCAAAUGAAGGCUUCAUUCUUCAGUUGUAA